GUUAUAGUGAGUGCCACAUCCUGUGCAACCACUCUCUGGAACAGUAGACUGUUCCCUAUUAAAUAUACAAUUGUGGAGGAAAGACCUUGUGGUGAGGAACAGAACAGGAAGUGCAGUCAGCAACAGAGACGAGAGUAAAUGAAGAAGAUGAAUGUUGACUAAUACUGGAGGGUAAUAAUGAAGCAGAAGGGCGAAGUGGAGGACAGUGCAACGCUGAUUACCCUGUCUGAGCUCCCUGAUUUUAACUACGGAAGCACGGAAAUGGGUGGAUCACCUCAGAAGGACAGGAAUGUGUUUAGUGAUGGAGUCACAUGCAUUGAUUUUGUUCUGGUAUGGGAAGAGCCUGUGAAUCAAGCAAAGCCUGAUGAACUAGAAGAUAAAUCAUCCAACACCACGAGUGAUACCCACAGGAAGUGGAGGAUGGAGUUCCUGUCCAGGCUGCAAACAGCUGGCCUGCAUCAGGAGAUGAAAGAGGUUGUGCAAGGAAAAACAAAAACAACAUACGUUCUCUUGAGUGCCCCCUGGAAAGUGCUGUGCUAUUACGCAGAGGAGAUCAGCCUCCGGGUACCAUUACAGGUUGAGACAUCUCCAGAAUCCAACUGGUCAGAAACAGUCCUCAGGAAGUUACACAUCCCUAAUAUCUUAGCUCAGGAAGUACCCAACCCUCCACCAGACUACUACACCUGCCAGUUCCGUGCAAACAAACUGGAGAGGUUUCUUGGCCAUGAAAACAAAGACAGUUUCUUCAAGAAGACACAAAGACAUCAAAUUCUGUAUGAAAUAUUAGCUAGGACACAGUUUGGAGCGUUAAAGAGGGGAGAGGUUGGGGUAGCCAGGCUGGUCAGUGAGAAUGUGUUCACCGCUGCCUAUCCCUUACACGAGGGGCAUUAUCAGAUACCUAAAAACCAACUUAAACCUGACUCUCUGAGCAUGAGGCAGAUUUUGUAUCAGUAUUGGGCACGUUGGGGCUGCUGGAAGAAGUACCAGCCUCUGGACCAUAUCCGUGAAUAUUUCGGCGAAAAGGUCGCACUCUAUUUUGCCUGGUUAGGAUUUUAUACAGGGUGGUUACUUCCUGCUGCAGUCACAGGCUUCCUCUUGUUUGUGUUUGGAAUAGGACUUAUGGUCACUGAUGCCCCAGCACAGGAGAUCUGCAACAAUGGGGACAGUAUUGUCAUGUGUCCAAUCUGUAACAUUUGCAGCUACUGGAAUCUCUCCAGCAUCUGUUACACUUAUAAAGUAGGAUUAUUAUUUGACAAUGGCGGAACAGUGUUCUUCAGCAUCUUCAUGACCCUCUGGGCAGUCACCUUCCUGGAGUACUGGAAGCGUACCUGCUCUGUCCUGGCCCACAAGUGGGAGUGCUCCGAGUUUGAGGAGAUUGAGGAAAGGCCAAGGCCAGAGUUUACUGCCAUGGCACCAAUGACAGUCCAUAAUCCUGUAACAGGGGCUGAGGAACCACAUUUCCCAGAGAUUAGCCGGUUUCGUCGCAUGGUGACUGGCAAUAUGGUCAUCAUCCUGAUGGUUACUGUAGUUUUGAUGUUCUUGAUAGCAAUUAUUCUCUACCGGACCAUCCUGAGCAUUAUUAUCUACAGGUCUCAGAAUGUUUUUUUCAUAUUCUCUGCUGGGAGGAUAGCAAGUCUCACCGGCUCAGUGCUAAACUUGGUGGUGAUUAUGUUACUGUCUAAGGUCUACACACGUCUCGCCCAAAUCCUGACCCGAUGGGAAAUGCACCGUACUCAGACCAAAUAUGAAGAUGCGUUUAUUCUCAAAGUGUUCAUCUUCCAGUUUGUCAACUUCUACUCUUCUCCUGUGUACAUUGCCUUUUUUAAGGGCAGGUUUGUUGGAUAUCCUGGAAACUAUUAUAUGCUUUUUGGGAUUCGAAAUGAAGAUUGUGGUGCUUCGGGAUGUCUUAUUGAGCUUGCUCAAGAACUGUUGGUCAUCAUGGUUGGCAAACAAGUCAUCAAUAAUGUUCAAGAAUUUGUUCUUCCUAAGGUAAAGGCAUGGUGGCACAAGCGGAAACUUCAUCCAGCUCAAAGAGAGAAGGGAGCAAACGAUCAUGAUGGUGUGGCACCCUGGGAAACAGAUUAUAGACUGCUGGUGUGCGAGGGCCUGUUUGAUGAAUAUCUGGAAAUGGUCCUGCAGUUUGGUUUCAUUACAAUCUUUGUGGCGGCUUGUCCCUUGGCACCACUCUUUGCCCUGGUGAAUAACUGGGUGGAGAUACGUCUAGAUGCACAGAAAUUCGUGUGUGAGUACCGCAGGCCUGUGGCUCAGCGCGCUCAGGACAUCGGGAUAUGGUUUACAAUCCUGGAGGUCAUCACCUAUCUGGCUGUGAUUAGCAACGCUUUCCUGAUUGCUUUCACGUCUGACUUCCUGCCACGUCUCUACUAUCGCUACACCACUGAGGGCAGUCUGAAAGGCUACAUCGAUUUCACCCUCUCUGUUGCACCCAACAACUUCACCCAAAGUGAUGUGCAGUGCAGGUAUCGGGGAUUCAGGGAUGAAAGGGGACAUCACACUCCUGAGUACUAUAAUCUGCUGGCUAUUCGACUAGGUUUCGUCAUCAUAUUUGAGCAUGUGGUAUUCCUAAUUGGACGCAUGAUUGACUGGAUGGUUCCUGAUGUUCCAGAGGAGGUGGAGAUAAAGAUCAAGAGGGAGCACUACAUGGCUAAAGAAGCUCUGGCUGAGAAUCAAGUUUUAGAAGCGGCUGUAGAAGCCUCUGGAUUGCGACACAGAGUAAAGUCAGAAAGAUCCACAGCCUUACCUCAUGACACUGUCUCACCUCUGGCAAAUGUGUCCUCCACUGAGGACAUUUUGAAGGAUGUUUGACAUUUAUCCAGGAGUUGGAUGAAUGGACAUGAUGUAUUCAUAAGACUAAGAGAGUUUACAGAUGGUCAUGCUCUGGCUCAUUAGCUCAAAAAUUCAAAUAGUCCAAUGACCACUAACAAUUUCUGUCCAUCUAGGCAAAUUAUUUGCUUGCUUUUAUAUUUUCAUUUUAUAUAAAUAUAAAAUAUUUACACUACUGUUCAAAAGUUUGGGGUCACCCAGACAAUUUGUGUUUUCCAUGGAAAGUCACACUUUUAUUUCCCACCAUAAGUUGUAAAAUGAAUAGAAAAUAUAGUCAAGACAUUUUUCUGGCCAUUUUGAGCAUUUAAUCGACCCCACAAAUGUGAUGCUCCAGAAACUCAAUCUGCUCAAAGGAAGGUCAGUUUUAUAGCUUCUCUAAAGAGCUCAACUGUUUUCAGCUGUGCUAACAUGAUUGUACAAGGGUUUUCUAAUCAUCCAUUAGCCUUCUGAGGCAAUGAGCAAACACAUUGUACCAUUAGAACACUGGAGUGAGAGUUGCUGGAAAUGGGCCUCUAUACACCUAUGGAGAUAUUGCACCAAAAACCACACAUUUGCAGCUAGAAUAGUCAUUUACCACAUUAGCAAUGUAUAGAGUGGAUUUCUGAUUAGUUUAAAGUGAUCUUCAUUGAAAAGAACAGUGCUUUUCUUUCAAGGAAAUUUCAAAGUGACCCCAAACUUUUGAACGGUAGUGUAUAUUUUAUAUUUUCCAGGAAUUGUAAGGGCAGUUGCACUACCAGUUUUGAGAACUCAGUAAUACUGUACAGUGCAAUUGUGCAGUCUCAGUCCUGACAAUCCAGUUGUUAUUACAAUUAUAUUUUUACAUGACUCACAAUAUUCACAGGACUAAUACUGUAUUAUUAUUCAUAGGACAAUCU